AUCUCGCCCAGAAAACGAUCGUCCCGAAAUAAAUCGUAUUAGUUCCUGUUCCGGCUUGGAAAAUGACAGCGGAAGAGUGGCCACAGUAAGGCCUCCCUAGCGUGUAUUUCGCAGUCUUUCGCAGAGCAUGGAAAGCACGGAUAGUAGUGACAGCAGUGGGGACAGUUUAAAAUCCAUUCCCCGACCGGACUUCGAGGCCUUAUCCGCCAUCGACAGCCCCCAACCGCAGUUGCAGUUCCAGAGCUCCUCGCUGGAUGAGCACAUCGAGAUGGAGUCGGUUACCGUGCCCAGCAAGCGCCAAAAGUACGUGGUCAGUGCCCCUCCGGGAUCGGCCAACGGCAGCAGCCCAUCCUCGAGCUCGAGUCCCUCGAACGUCAACGUGGGCACCUCACUCACUAUGAAGCUGACCAAAGUCCAGCCGCAACAACAAGCAGCAGCGCGGGGUUCCAUGCCCAACAACAAGGCCAAAGUGGCCAAGGAGAUGCUCGCCCUACAGCGGUCUCACAUCGAAUCCGAGGUUCUAAGCAACUUUGUAACCGAGGUCGCAAAGCUGAAGCGCCGGAAGUCGCGCUAUGCGCCCGGGAAUCUUGCAACUCAGGCAUCAGGCGGAGAGCUGUCGCGCAGCUUAAACGCCCCCUCAAAACACGAACAAAAAUCUCGCAAGGUGGCGCUCAAGCGCAGCAAGAGCAUUCCCGCUCCUUUUCUAGACUCGGACGACGACUGGCAGGAUGACGAUAUCGAGAGCGGCAUAAAAAACUGCAGGCCACGAGGACGCUCAAUGGCCUUUGAUAAUGGCGAGCGGUUGGCUGAGCUGAAUGUGGAAGACAGCAACAGCAGUCCUCUGGAACCAAUCCUCACUCGCUGCCGAUCCCGCAGCAAAACCCUCUCCCUGAGCAACAGCUGGAGCAACGACGAGAAAGCACCGAGGCGAAAAAACUUACGCAACGAGAACGAUGAGUUCGCCAAAAAGAACAGUGCUUUUCUUGAUCUCGUCUUGCACGAUGACCAGGGAUCGGAGCUGAUGCUGAAUAUCACUGGUGAAGACGAGGGCGAUGCCGAUGGCGACGUCGACAUGGGAUGGCCCAGCGGCGAGCUGGAGGCCAACAGCUCGCUCUUCUCAGCCAAAACCCAGGAGGAGGAGGCGGCCGAGCGACUGCGUCUCAUCUGGCAGGAGCCUCCCAUGACUGGCUGGGACCCUUUCUGCUGGAAGUGCCGGGAGUGCGGCAAGCUGAUGCCCUGCUCCAAGUGCCUGCGGUCCUUCCACACAUACUGCGUGCGACCCGCCACCACUAAGUUCGACUCCUCAUGGAAGUGCCCCGAAUGUCAGGUGAUCGAGGCAGCGCCCAAGAGGUUGCGGCGUAAUGGUGUUUCCGUGGAUCUUCUCAGCCAGCUGCUCUCCUUCGCCCUGGACCGCAUGAAGCAUGUGCGCGGGGCCCACAAGCUCCGUUCGCCGCAAGAGGUCUUCCCGCUGACGUACAAGAAGUACUUUGUGAACCCGGUGAGUUUCGACAGUCUGGCGCAGUGCAUCCGUAGGGGGGCUUAUCAGAGCACCGAGGAGUUUCUCUGCGAGGUCAAGUGGAUCCAGCACAACGCUCUCAUCCUGGACGCCGGCGAUGCCAAAGUGGAACAGGCUUCAAAGGCCGUAGUAAAGGUGUGCCGGCAGGAGGCCAAUGAAAUCGACACCUGUCCAGAGUGCUACUUGAACGCCAACUCCAGCGACGAGUGGUUUGUGAAGGUGUGCCGGCAUCCGCAUCUCUUGCUCUGGGCCAAGCUGAAGGGAUUUCCCUACUGGCCCGCCAAGGCGAUGGGCUCAUCGACCUCAGCGCUGGUCAAUGUUCGCUUCUUUGGCAAACACGAUCGAGCUUUUGUGCCUGUAAAGGACUGCUUCCUGUACUCGGCUCAGAAUCCGAACACACAAACCAGCAGGAGAUCAGCAAGGGAUUUGGCGGAAUGUAUUCGGGAGGUUGAGGUGCACAUCGACCACAUCAAGCGCAAGAUUGGCGCCUUCAAUUACGCAGCUUAUCGCACCGCGUACGAUCCGCUGGAAGAGCAACAGCAGCUGGAGCAGAUGAUGCCCGGCGUGUAUGCGGCCAUCGAUCGGGAACUUGAGCCGGCCAAUAAAACGCCCCUGCAGUUCCUCAUCCGCAAGACGGCGGGCGAUAAGCUGUCGAUAGUGAAGAAAACCAAGACCACGGAGUCGGGCAACGAAUCAGAUCAGUCGCCCAGCCCCUCGAAAAAGCUUCCGGAGGUUGACAGUGUUCCGUUAUUAGGGCCGGGAUCCAGCGAGCAUUCCAAGCUCAAGAGCAACAACUAUGAGGUUAUAUCCAGAUCUGGUGAAUCUCUGACUGACUCUCGAUGCAAAGUGCUGCUCAAAAGAAAAUCUCUGGCUGCCAAGACAAAUUCGGAGACUGUGGAAGCUCCGGAAGCCAUUGCCACCAAACGAAAGCAUUCUCUGAGCGAUGCCAGCUUUACCAGCGAAUCCAGCGACCAUAAACGGAAGUCAAAGCAUGCCAGGAAACAACAAGAUCAAGAUAAGCAAGUUGGAGGGCAAGGAAAAGCAACCGAACCCUCCGAGGCUCCGAACAGUUUGGCACAGGAAAAUAAAUCACGAGAUCCAGAGUCGGCCAAAGACUCUUCUGUAAAAGAAAAUAUUAACACUUCAACAGGAACUUCAUCUGCCACUGUUGUUUCUGUGAUGGAGUUGGUACAGCGUCGCCAGGGCGUCACCAUCACCAAGAUCCCACGCGAACAGCAGCAGGGGGCGGUCUCAGAAGACCUGGCAGCCGUUACAGCUCUUCCUCCAAGCGCUCCCCCGUCCACAGCUACACCUCCUCCUCCGACUUCGGUAACCAAGCAGAUUUCUUCAAAACGAGUUGAUACAACGAACCCAAAACAAUCUGAGGUUGAGAAACAGCAGCAGCAACUUAUCAAGAAAGUUAUUCCAUUUAUUGAAAUUAAAACGGAAGUCAUGUCGGAAGCAGAAGAAGAUGAAAUAGAAACUAGGCCAUCGGCUACACAGCCUUUAACUGAGCAACUUCCCAUGCAGCAGGAGCCGAGUCAGAGGAUCAGGGUGCAGCAAGAACCUGUCCCUGUGCCGGCUCCCCAACCCGAACCAAUUGAACAUCCAAUUCUUGAGGUAGUCAAAAUCAAGGAGGAGAUUCUCAGUGAGGAUGAAAUGGAAAUAGAUCAGAACAAUAUUAGUCAACGGUUUGAAACAAUGCCACCCAUGCCACUGCCUAUGCCCCCGCCUCCUCCCUUGCCGCCACGAGAAGAGACUCCCGCCACAAAUGACCUGGUUCGAUUUGUAGGCGAUACCACCAUCCAGAGGGUGACCCACAAGCAGGGAGUUAAAACAACGGACACAGCCGCAAAACGAAAGGGCGCGCAACAUAAUGUCCUGCCAGCUGUUCCCCAGGUAUCCUCUCCGGCUCACUCGCCAGUCCAAGCAUCCGCACCAUCUCCUUCGGCCUCCCCAAAGCCAAUUACCCCGUUUGUGGGCAGCAAGCCAGCACCACAGGGAAAUUCAUUCAAGGGGAAGUCACCGUCACAACAGCAAUCCCGGGUUAAAACAGACCGUGCACCGAAUCCGUCUUCCCCACCAGGAACGGCACCUGCCACCACCACGUCGUCUUUGCUCCGAUCCAACAUGGUGGUGAUUCCUGUUGAGCAGGCGGGCAUCUGCAAUCCGCACAGUCCCAUGACGAUCCCGAUUCCACCGUUGAGAGCAGUUUCCAAAAGCACGCUCCAAAAUACUUCAACGCUUCCAACGCACUCUCCCGUUCCGUCGACUUGCCAACCCAUUAGCUCUGUAUCAAUGCCGCCGCCAUUAGCCGGCUUGAGUAUUCCUCAAAUAGCCAUCCCCACAACACAAGAGCCCACGGUAAACAGUGGAGAGCAGGUUGGACUGCUGGCUAGCGCUUUGAACGGACUAGCAAGCGAAUCUGUCCCUAGUGAGCCUAUCCCUAAUGAGCCCAUAACAUCGGGCCUGGCCACGGCUUGGAGUGAGUUGCUCCUGCGCUCCGGUGCACCAAAGCUGGUGGCUCGUCCUUGCGGGCCACUCCGGUCGGAUGGCUCCCAGAUCUACCCCUCUCAAGCUGGGCCCGUCUCGCAAAAACUUAAGGAGAAUGCGCACAAGAUCACGGACUACUUCAUCUCUGUCAUAGAGGACACGCUCAGCGACAUGGCCACAGGAGAUCAAAGCGUCCUACAGGCCCGAAUCGCCGGCCUGUCACUGGAGAACGAGCGCCUGAAGCAGCACUACGACCGCCAGAUGAGCGACUUGCAGCGCACUAGCGAACUUAUGAUCGCCGAAAUGCGUAAGACAUUGGAGCAGGAGCACAAGCGCGUGAUCAGCGAUCUGCGCCAGCAAAACGCCCUCGAGCGGAUACGGGCGGUCGACGAGGCGAAGAAGAAGCAGUGGUGCGCAAAUUGCAUGCGGGAGGCACAACUGUACUGUUGCUGGAACACCUCUUACUGCGAUUAUCCCUGCCAGCAGAUGCACUGGCCCAGACACUCGGCCUCCUGUGGUCAAGCGGUCCAGGUGCCACUCGCAACUCCAGUUCCACCUGCAGCCUCCGCUCCCGUAAUCGAACCUGGCCGAUCCAAAUCCAAAGCAGCAAUGCCCACAGCGACACCACCAUCAGCCAGUCCCAGUCCCAGCUCCCAAAUAACUCGAACAGCGACCGUCUGUACACCUGCUGCUCCUGUUGCCAGCGUACCGAGCUCUAAGAAGUGGCCGCCCAUGAUGACGUUAAUUAACCAGCCGAAUUCGGAUGCCGUGCUAAAGCUGCCCGCCACUACAUAUCUGCGGCAAGUUGUCACGACGCCGAUGUCAGCUACGGUGACGACUUCACCACCUGUUAAUAACAACAGCAGCAGCAAUAACGUAAUUAUGACACCCUCACCAUCGACGGGAAAUCACAUGGCCAAUCUCUUGCCCGCUCAGCGGAAUCUCCCCCACUUUAACCCCAAACCCGCCAGCCAGACGAUGCCUGUGCAGCGCUUUAAUAUACCCUUACCCAUCACCGUGAGCACGAAUGCGGCCUUUCUAAUGGCCGAGCAGCAUCAGAAGCAGUUACCAAAAGCAACUGGUCGCAACUCUUCAAAAAACAACAGCCGAAUGCGCCAAAUUUACAGCAGCAAUACCAGCAGUAGUACCAGCCACAGCAAUCCGCAGGUUAUGCGCCAGAAUCAAAUGAGUCAAUUGUUCCACCCAUAAAGAGAGACUGCCUGUAAUUCAGGAAACAAUUUCUUUGAUAUUCCGAAGAAACUCAGAAACAGAUUCAUUAAAUUGAACGAUCACCAAACAUCAACUUGAACUUUACAUACAUAUUUAACUUAAUUCCCUCACGCGCAGCUAUGGACGGUAAUUUGUUUUUAGAUUAAGAGACCCCAAAUUGAACACCGCUAAAAGACGAAAGUGUAAAGAAAUAUUACCAUUUACUAAUUAGGUUAAGGAUAUAGAUUUUGAUGUAUGUUAUUGUAGUCCCGCUGGUUUUACUGUAACUUAACCAUCUAGUAAGUAAGAACGAUUGUGAAGCCAUGAGAUGGACUUUUGCACGAACUUAGCGACUAGUAGUCCAUAAGAUCAUCCCACUUUUCAUUUAAAGCAUACUGUAAAUUGUUUCUAUCAUAUAUUUUCCAUACAUUUUAUGUAUAUUUAAAGCAAAGCUACAAAGUGAAUUAAGAAUAAACAAUAAAUUACAUUUUUGGCCAGUGGCAAAGUUCUCUGCUUGAGGCAACGCCAUUAGGCCGAACACACUUUUCCCUAGAUAAA